UUCAUCUAAAAGCAUCCAAGUAUUUUUUAGCAACACUAAUUACUUUUUAAACUAACUUGGACAAAGGGUAACCUGAUGGUUGUAUUUCGUUUCAGAUUAUGUACAAGAUAAUUGAAAUGUCUGCCAUAAAAGCAGGGGUCUUCAAUGUUCUGAUAAGUUACUGCUGCCAGUCUUGGGUAGUAACUGCUUCCAGUGAAUCCCAGGGAUCUUUUUCUAGUGCUAAGAAUUACACCGAACUUGUCCUGGAGGCUUGUGUGUUUGGAACUGUGUUUAGGCGUGAUCAGAGACUUAUUCAGGAUGUCCAAACCUUCAUAGAAAACCUCGGACAUGAUUGUGCGGCAAAUGUCGUUAUU